GCGAGUUUCAAAGCGGGAGCCCAGUAAUGCUGAAAGCUGUAAUGUAACAGAAAAGAAAAAGCAGUCACCUCCGGCUGAUAAUCUUUCACCAUGGGAAGAAUGGUUCAUUUGCAAAGAGAGAGAGCUACGUGUCCGCCUACAAGCCAGAGCUUUAGAGGAAAUGAAUUUACAACUGGAGAAAAGAAAAGAAAAGCAGGAACUUGAAAGGAAAAAAAAGAUUGCUGAAGAGAAGCACAAGGAAUGGGUGCAGAAAAAGAAUGAAGAGGAAAGAAGGGAAAAGGAACGAAAGCUCAUCAAAAAAAUGGCAGAAAAAGCAGCGAGAGAUCUAGAGAGAAUCCAGUUGCAGGAAAAAGCUAAAGGAAAGUAUAAAGAAUGGCUAAAGAAGAAAAGAGCUGAAGAGUCCGAGAAGAAGAAGAAAGAGGAGGAGAAGGAACAAAAAAGGGUAGCUGAAUUACAGGACAAGAAAGAGAAAUCAGAGAAGAUCUUUAGAGAGUGGCUGCAGAAUGCCAGAAAUAAGCCCCGCCCAGUUUUACAUGGUUAUGGCUAUACCAAUGGGAAACUCUCAGGAUAUCCUGAAAGAAAUCCAUAUCCAGCUCCAGCCUAUUGUAACCCUAUUCCCUGGAAACCAAUUCAUGUGCCACCUCCUAAGGAAGACAAAAAUGUUACAAUGAAAAAAAAUAAGAGACCUAUAUCCAGUCAGUCAUAUAGGUCCUCAUCUAUGGUAGUCCAUAAACCCAAGAACAAUCUUUGUAUUGGAUCAUUGCACAGAAAACAAAGAUAACGUUUUUAUUAGCUUGAUUUAACUAGAUUUUAAAGUACAAAAGUCAUUUCUUGGUUAAGUGUUUCUUUAAAUGUUAAAAAAAAAUAGUGUUGAAAGACAAAAUUUUAUCAUCUUUUAACAGUUGUGAUCGUUUAAUGUUAGCUAAGGAAUAUGUUUUCCAAAGACUUUUUAACUCAGUUAUUUUAACACUUAGAAAAUUAUCUUCUAAAAAUAUGUGAACCAGUUUUUUUAGUCACUUAAGUGAUCUUUGUUUAAAAAAAUU